AUGGUGGAGCUUCUAGAUGACUUAGCUUUGUGCCCACAGAAAAAAGCAAUUCACGUGGUGGAGAAAGUUGGGAGAAUCUUGGCAAUUGAGAAACUUAGACCAAAGGCACGGUGGAGCUUCUACAUGACUUACCUUCGUGCCCACGGUAGGCUUUCUCAAGAGGUUCCUCCUUUGCUUCGUGUCCAAGGUAGGCUUUCUCGAGAGCUUCGUGCCCACGGUAGGCUUUCUCGAGAGGUUCCUCCUUUGCUUCGUGCCCAAGUUGCGAACGAUGGGGACUAUGGUGGUGUUGGGGUGGUUUCAUGGGGUUUGUGGGGUGGCUAUGUGGUUGAGACACAAAAGAAGAUGGAGCUUAAACAUUUCAACCUUGACCAUCCACUGAAUUUUGAGGAUGUGCAAAAGAACGAAGGUACGGAUGUUAUGUGCUAUGGGUGUAAAAAACCAAUCUUAGACCAUGCGUAUUGUUAUAAAGAGUGUGAUUACUUUCUACAUAAGAGCUGUGCAGAACUUAAGCGGGAGAUUGAAGAUCCCAUACACCCCGAACACCGUUUAACACUUGAGGCAGGUUCAAGUUCAAACAUUUGUGAUGCAUGUAAACAAAAUUGGGAUCGGUUCAUCUACUAUUGUAACAAGUGUGACUUUGUCAUCUGCAUGCCGUGUUUCUUGGAGGACCGCAUGGUUAAACUUGCAAUUCACCAACACCCAUUAGCCGUCCUACUUAGGCCAUCCUUGUUCACUUGUGAUAUUUGCAGCAUGGAAGUUUACUGUUGUGGCCCCUGUAGAUAUUUUGUCCAUGUAAAGUGCGCAACAUCAGAGGCAGGGUCGUCAAGAGGUGCUGAAAUAAGUAGCAGUAAUAAAGAUGACGAACUUCUUGAGUCUAAUCCGGUAAAUUUACCAGUGAAUGAUGAAUUUGUAGAUCUGGCUAGAUAUUUUGUUAAAGAUAUCAACAUUAACGAGUUUGAGAAAAAAACAGAGAUUAAUAAUUGGAGCCAUGAGCAUCCGUUACUUCUUUUCGAUGUGCAAAAUAUCAAUGAGGUUGUGCCCACUUACCACAGAAGGUUCAACACCCAAGUCACCCUGAACACUUGCUUGAGCUUGGGAGAUCCAGUAACAUCAAUUUGCUCUUCGGAUGUGAAUGUUGCAACAUGGAUAGCAAUGGAUUCUUCUACGAGUGUCAAACUUGUAAUUUCCAAGUUGAUAUCAAAUGUGCUUUUCUACCAAGCACUAUCAAACAUGAAUCUCACAAGCACCCCCUACUUCAAACUGAAGGUUCACAUCAUGUUUGCAAGUCAUGUAAUCACGGGUCCUCAUGGUUCAUAUUCAGAUGUGAUACUUGCAACUUCAAUCUGGACUACCAUUGUGCUCUGUUCCCAAAAACUAUCAAGCACAGGUGGGAUCGGCAUCCCUUUAUCCUAA